UCCCUCCCUCCCUGACACGUUGCCUUGGGAGAAGCAACACGGGGCCGAUCGCUGGCUGUACCGACUCCCCCACUCACACGCCGCACGUCCAGCAUAUCAGCUGCUCUCUGGCCGACUGUCCUGCUGGAUCUUUCUUUUUUUUUUUUUUCUUACCGCUGAGAGAGAGUUUGAACCAGCCGCUCCAUCCUGGGAAAAAAGGUCAGUGAUGGUCAGUGCUAGUUAGAGCCUGCAGCCAAGGAUGUCUGCUACAGAUUCGGACAACUCCAUUGACUGGCUGGCUAGUGACUAUGAGGACAAUGAGAGCGAACAGGAGUUUGACUAUACCAGAAAGCACAGCCAGACAGAGGCUCUUCCAUCCCCCAGCACCCUGCCACACCUGGGCACGUCUGACAGCAGCUGCCGCCGGAGCAGCGAGGUGAAGGAGGGCGACAGUAACUGGGACGAGGUCAGGGAGGCCUCCAGUCGGGAAUCCUCCGCCGGCUGCAAGGAGACACGGGACAGCGUGAUUGGACUGUAUAAAACACAGCAAGGAGAAAAGACGAAUGGCAGAAACACUCAGCAAGCACUGAAGAGACCUCGUAGCUCCACCGACGACGAGUGCAAGGAACGGCAGCUCAUUUCCAACAUGUCAGAGAAAAGCCGGGUUUUCAGCCGUAAGUGCAUGGAGCUACAAUGCUACAUUCAUCCACUGUCCUCUAUCCUGAAUGGCCUUCGUUCAGGAAGAUACAGAGAACGACUCAGCAGUUUCCAGGAGAGCGUGGCCAUGGACAGGAUCCAAAGGAUCAUGGGUGUCCUGCAGAACCCUUGCAUGGGGGAGAAAUAUAUUAAUAUCAUUCUUAAAAUGGAGGAAAUGUUGAAGAGCUGGUUCCCUAAUGUAAAACUCCAAGACCAACUCGCUGUCACUCAGACAGAGGAAGCCGUUCCUACCAAGAAACCGAAGCUAUCUCCAGUGACCAGCGCUGCAGCAGCAAGCCCAGUUAUCAUCAGUGAUCCUCCAAAUGGUGUCAAACCCCUGAGAGUCACCGACCUCACUCCUCCUGGAGCCUACUCCGCCAGUAACCUGAAGUGGCUCCACACUUCACCCAUCUGCUCCCCUACAGCAGAGCAGGCCCAGGCUGGCCCCAGGCACCCGCUCUUCCCCAGAGACAGAGACCUGACGCAGGAUAACGCUGUUUCCUCCAGCACAGACAGCCACACUAAGACAGACUCUGUGCCCAGAGGCCCUCCACCGGGUAAAAUCAACGCACCCUGUCUAGAGAGGCUGCUUAAGUCGACAGAAAGUAUCAUCACGCGUAAGGGGACGGGCGGUUUGAUGGACAGCAGCUGGUCCUAGUCCACACAGAGGGCUAGGUGUCCAGCUGUAAGCGCCGCACACAGCCCAGCUUAGCCUUGCCCACCCUGCCGGGAGCCGGUCAGCUCGCUUAGCCCAUUCCAGCCUUUGGGGGAGACGGGAGCCUUCAUAAGGGACGUCACUGAUUCCUCUUUAAUGUGGAAGGAGUGUUGACGAACAUGUUGUACACUCUAUAUGGGAAUGUGCCCUCUCUGAUAUGACAAACGUCUGCUUUUAGGUCCCUUUCGUUGACUUUUUUUUUUUGUUUGCACUCUUGAUUAGCGUGUGUGAGAGUGGGAAGGAUAUAUUUCACAUGCCGAGAUCACCGGAGCGAGUGAUUUCCCAACUAAGUUGUUCCCACUGGCUUGUAGAUGCAAUAAUACAGUUUGAGUAUCUGUGAAAUCGCCAUUAUGCCUGAAAGGGAAAGAAAUUGAGUAGUUUGUACUGGAAGGGAGUAUUUCAGAUAUCCAGGCAUGUCAGUGGUCUACAUAUUGUGCUGAAAAUGUGGGUGAAAUGUGAUGUUAUCUCCCCCCAUCACCACCAACCACCACCAACCACCACCACCCCUUCAUGACUCCACUCUUAGGUUUAUUGAUGUGACUGUUACUCAUUUGUAUACUUAUAUAAAUAAGUCUUUUGGUACAACUGUUCUACCUCAGUGGGCACCACGUCACAGUUAGUGAGUAGGAAUGUGAUCGCUACGCUCAAAGUCUGGACACCUCAACAGAUCUGCAGUGAGCCAAACGGCUUCUGACAGCGAGGUCUGCAGUACGAGUGGUUCUGCUUGUACAAACAGAGGAUGCUCUCUCCGUGGGGAAGCUCAUCGUGGCCUGACUGGUGCCAUUGUAAAGAAUGUCAACUGCGGAUUUCUUCUUCUUCUUUUUUUUUUUUUUUGUUGAGUCUCCCAGUAGAAGGCAAACAGUGCCUGUAAUGUCAAGCUGUGCCUGUAAGCCGGUUUGAUAAAGAGAGAGAACCGUUCAAAAUACCUGCUCCUCUGUGGGAUGUACAAAUCAGGAAUUCUCACUCUCCUGCCAUUUUCCUGUAUUGAGUAAAUUAUUCAGAUCUUGCCAACUACUUUCUGUGGUGGAGUAGAACAAUUCUUUUAUUUUGCCACAGAACUGGACAGUAUGUUAGACCAGCAGAGAGGGACAAGGUAUUUCUCUGUGUAAAUCUUAAAGAAAGGUUGUUGAUUUACCAUGAAAAGUGGCCUUUAUAGUGUGAAAUUUUAUACUUUCAAAAUAAAUGUGGUUAUCUUUGUUUGAUGCAA